GUAGUGUGGUUUUUGAUAUACAAAUUUCGAAGAAGGCAUUUGUCCGUAUAUGAGGGAGUAGAGUCGUUCCUGCAAAAUAACAGCAAGCUCGCUCCAAUCAGGUAUUCCUAUUCGGAGUUAAAGAAGAUGACGAAGAAUUUUGAAGAUAAACUAGGACAAGGAGGCUACGGUUCUGUUUACAAAGGAAAGCUACGAAGUGGCCAUUUUGUUGCAGUUAAAUUGCUAGGAAAAUCCGGAGCAGAUGGGCAAGACUUCAUUAAUGAAAUAGCAACUAUUGGGAGGAUCCAUCAUGUAAAUAUUGUCCACCUUGUUGGAUAUUGUGCUGAAAGAUCCAAGCGUGCCCUCAUUUUUGAUUUCAUGCCAAAUGGUUCCCUUGACAAGUAUGUCUUCCAACGAGAGAAGUACACUUCAUGGGACUGGGACAUGAAAUUUAAGAUUGCAGUUGGAGUGGCUCGAGGGAUGGAAUAUUUACACCAUGGUUGCGACAUCCAAAUCUUGCAUUUUGACAUUAAACCUCACAAUAUACUUCUCGAUGAUAAGUUUGUCCCAAAAAUAUCAGAUUUUGGUCUGGCAAAAUUAUGUGCCGCAAAGAAAGAGGCCGUGACUUUGACAGCUGCUAGAGGUACUAUAGGGUAUGUUGCUCCUGAACUUAUCAAUCGAAGUAUUGGUAGUGUGUCUUACAAGGCUGAUGUGUAUAGUUAUGGGAUGUUGUUGAUGGAGAUGGUGAGCUUGAACAAAAACUUGCCACAAAACAAGGAUGGAUCUAGUAAGUAUUUUCCUAACUGGAUAUACGACUACUUGAACCAAAGUAGAGACAUUGACAUUGAAAAUACUGAUGAAAAUGAUGAUAGAAAAAUUGGCCGGAAGAUGACCAUUGUUGCUUUAUGGUGCAUACAAAUGUGUCCAGACAGUCGCCCAUCAAUGAAUAAGGUGUUGGAUAUGUUAGAAGGUGGUGUCGAACAUUUGCAGAUUCCUGAUUAUACAACGUAUGUGGCAAGAAAUGAGGAAGAAAGUUGGGGUACAGAUUCAAAUGAUUCCAUAUCAGUGUUGCAUGAUGAUAAUGGUAGCAACAUUAUUGAAAUUUUAAGUAACGCUUGA